AUGCAUCGAAGCUCAAAGUUAUCGACGCUAUCGGUCAAGGAAGUUUCAUACAAGAAAUUGUGCGAAAAAAAGAACAUUCUAACGGUGAACGGAAAAUUUCCCGGCCCGACUCUAAAAGUUCAUAAAGGGGAGACCAUAAUCGUCGACGUCUACAACAAAGGACAACAUAAUAUUACUCUUCACUGGCAUGGAGUGAAGCAACCGAGGAACCCAUGGACUGAUGGGCCCGAGUACAUAACACAGUGCCCGAUUAAACCGGGCGGCCAAUUUAGCCAAAAGGUCAUAUUCUCGAAAGAGGAAGGGACUUUGUGGUGGCACGCGCAUAGUGAUUGGUCACGGGCCACUGUGCAUGGGCCCAUUAUCGUGUACCCGGCCCGUGGGACUUUGUACCCAUACCCUAAGCCGUAUGAGGAAUUCCCGAUAGUCUUAGGGGAGUGGUGGAAAGAAGAUAUAAUGAAAGUGAUGGCGGAUUUUGUCGAGUCCGGGGGGCAACCGGUGAACUCGUCGGCCUAUAUUAUAAAUGGUCAGCCAGGUGAACUUUAUCCGUGCUCAAAGAACGGUGACAUCCGGAGCCUCGCCACGAAGGACCACCCGUGUGCGGUCCCGCCCGAGGUCGGCGAGCGGCUUGUGUCGACCGUCUCGGUCAACACGCGGCCCUGCCCGCCGGGCAGGACCUGCGACGGGCCCAACGGGACCCGGCUCGCGGCUAGCAUGAACAACAUAAGCUUCGUGGCGCCCUCGAUCGACGUGCUCGAGGCGUAUUACUAUCGGUUGUCGGGAGUUUUCGGGGAAGGGUUUCCCGGGCGGCCGCCGCUCGUGUUCAACUACACGGGGGACGUGCUGCCCCUCGAGCUCCAGGUCCCGAGGAGGGGCACGGAGGCUCGACUCGUGAGGUACGGCGCGAACAUCGAGAUGGUUUUGCAAGGGACGAACCUCGUCUCGGGGAUCGACCACCCGAUGCAUCUGCAUGGGUACACGUUCUUCGCCGUCGGGUGGGGGCUAGGGAACUUCGACGAGGAGCGGGACCCGCAGGAUUAUAACCUCGUGGACCCGCAACAGCGCAACACGAUAAUCGUGCCGAGGAACGGGUGGGCCGCGAUCCGGUUCAAGGCCGACAAUCCGGAGGCACCUGACGUGGGGAAUGGAGAUGGUGUUCAUUGUGGAAAGUGGGAGUGGACCGACGGAGCGCCCAAAAUGAGGCCCAUCAUGUCACAAGAGGUGGUUGAGACUCCAUACAAUAAGCUAUGCAGCAACAAGACUAUAUUAACAGUCAAUGGGCAAUUUCCAGGCCCAACUAUAUAUGUAACUCAGGGGGACACAAUUGUCAUUGAUGUCAUCAACCGGGCCCGGGAAAACAUAACAAUCCAUUGGCACGGAGUGAAACAGCCAAGAUAUCCGUGGUCCGAUGGGCCCGAGUACAUAACCCAAUGCCCAAUUCAGCCCGGUUCAAUGUUCAACCAAAGGAUUGUGUUAUCAGAUGAAAUUGGUACUAUGUGGUGGCACGCGCACAGCGAAUGGUCUCGAGCCACCGUGCAUGGUGCCCUGAUUGUUCUCCCUAAAAGAAAAAAUGAUUAUCCUUUUCCUGUACCUGAUGCAGAAAUUCCAAUCAUAUUAGGUGAAUGGUGGAAAAGUGAUAUAAGGGCUGUUGUAAGUGAAUUUCUUGAAAAUGGAGGGGACCCAAAUGUUUCUGAUGCAUUUCUAAUCAAUGGCCAACCGGGUGAUUUGUACCCCUGCUCAAGACAAGACACAUUCAAACUCACGGUUGACUAUGGCAAGAGAUACUUGAUCCGAAUGGUCAACGCGGUCAUGAACAACAUCAUGUUCGUCCGAAUCUCCAACCACAACAUCACGGUUGUCGGAUCAGACGGUGCUUACACGAAGCAAUUAACGAGCGACUACAUUGCCAUAUCACCCGGUCAAACGAUUGACUUCUUGUUAGAAACCAACCAAAACCCUAGCCAUUACUACAUGGCCGCUAGGGUUUACAACGUGGCCGGGACUUUCGAUAACACGACCAUAACCGCAAUAAUCGAGUAUAGUGGAAACUACACUCCCCCACCUUCCCCGUCCCUCCCCACACUUCCCGAUAUCAACGACACCCGCGCGUCAGCCGAUUUCACGGGACAGCUCAGAAGCCUCGCGAGCCGAGACCACCCGAUCGACGUGCCGUUGAAUGCGUCGACUAUAUUGUUCUUCACGCUCUCGAUUAACUUGAGGCCGUGCGUUAAUAAUAGUUGCGCAGGCCCACUGGGCGAGAGGCUCUUGGCUAGCAUCAACAACAUAACCUUCCAACAACCGAGGACUGCGAUUCUCGAAGCUUACUACGAACGGAUAAGAGGCGUUUACGGAGACAAUUUUCCGAGUGACCCACCUCUAACUUUCAACUACACGGCGGAUUUCGUGCCCGUGGACCUUUGGAGGCCGGAGAACGGUACUGAGGUGAGGCUUCUCGAGUACAAUUCAACGGUCGAGCUCGUUUUUCAGGGGACGAAUACCGUGGCGGGGAUCGAUCACCCGAUGCACUUGCACGGGCAUAGCUUUUACGUGGUUGGUUGGGGUUUCGGGAAUUUCGAUAAGGAUAGGGAUCCUCCGAACUACAACCUCGUGGACCCGCCGCUGCGGAACACGAUCGCGGUUCCGAGAAGCGGGUGGACGGCUAUCAGGUUUCGAGCGAAUAAUCCAGGUAACAACAUUAACGCUCGAAAUUAGAGAUUUUUUUUUUUAAUAAUUUUCUCUUUUCAUUCAAUUUGUGGCUAAUUAAUUAACUAUCAAGUUAUCAAAAUCAUGUAGGUGUUUGGUUGAUGCAUUGCCACAUUGAAAGGCAUGUAAGUUGGGGAAUGCAGAUGGUAUUCAUUACUAAAAAUGGAAAGGGUCCAAAUGCUAGAAUGCAUCCUCCACCACCAGAUUUCCCAAAAUGCUGAUGAGUAACAAUUUAAGGAAUGUUGAAAAAAAAUAUAUACAAAUAUAGUGGUUUUGUGGAGAAUCAUAUCUUAUGUUCCAUUUAUAUAUUUAAUAUGUUAAUUUCAUUUUAUUGGAUGAGUGAUAUGUACACAAAUAAAAUAUGACAAAAUAGUGUCCACGUCUCAUUCAUCCAAUAAAAUAAAACACGAAAUGAGAUACAAAAUUGAAACAGGAAAUAUCAGGUCGUUUGCCCAUUAUUUGAAGAAUUCUAUAGUAAUUAUAAAUAAAUUAUGUACACAUAUGUUACCAACUUUUUCUUUUUUCAUCCUAUUAAAUAACAUAUGACUGAUUUUCCCAGCUUUUCAUUGGAAUUUGUUAAAAUAAGUCUAUGUUUGCGUAUCAUCCACUGAAAUGCGAUUGUAUCGUUGGUCUUGUUUUGCCUAUUACCAAUAAGUUGUGUGAUAUUGCAAUUUGCACCUAUUUUAUGAUGAUUGUGCCAGUUAUAUAUAACUUUUUUCGU